AUGGCAACGCCACUGCUUGUUGCUUUCGAGAUCCUUCUCUUUCUAUAUCUUGAAGAUAAUUAUGAUGUUGACUUAAAGUUUGUCUUCUUACCCUUGCUUGCGUUCGAGGUAGCUAUCUUGUUGAAUUGUGGGACUUAUGACUUAUCUAUAAGCUUUGGCAUAGCAGAGUUAUUUGGGUUUCUCUGCGCAAACUGGAGGAAACAGUCAAUCCAUAGUGAUUCACACAUACCUAGCUCAUCUUCAAUGAGAGUAAGAUAUGGGGAUGAGGACAGCAACAGAGAAUGCGACAUCCUUGAUAUUGGUAGAUAUGUAAUGAAAAUCCCAUUCAUUACCUUUCAAAUCAUCCUUUUCAUGAGCUUAAAGGGAACAUCUGCUUCCCCCAAGAACAUUCCGAUUUUAGUUCUGUUUGUACCUCUUUUUCUGCUACAAGGAGCUACGGUGCUUUUUGUUACAUAUACUUCGGUGGUGAAGUCUGUCUUGUGGAUUUAUAAUGUUGGUGGUCCUUAUGGAAGAUAUUUAGCGAGAUCAUUGGCUCAUGUAUUCCUGAGAUUCUUUCAACAUUGUAAAAGAUUACUUGGCUGGUGGUCUAUCAACAAUAAAGAAAGUAAGGAGGAACAAGUUAGUCUCCACAGUGGAGAAGCUAUAGGAUGCAACACAUUAUCACCAGAGGUUGUGAAGAAAAUGCCAAAGUCUGAUCUUGUUGAAGAGGUAUGUAGAUUAAAAGCUGCAUUGAGUGAGCAAACCGAUAGCACCCAGCAGGAGAAGAAUCUUUGCAAAGUUUGCUUUGAGUAUCCAGUCAACGUGGUUCUAUUCCCAUGUAGACAUCAUGUCCUCUGCAGCACGUGCUGCAUGAAAUGCACGACAUGUCCGAUAUGUCGUGUAUUGAUUACGCAUCGUGUGCCUGUAUACGAUGUGUAGAGAUUUCAGCCGACCGUAUAAUUCUUUCUUAUGUCGUGUUUUGAUUAAGCAUCUUGUAAUAAUGAUACGCCAACACUGAUUAGAUCAGUUAUAUGAUUGCCUUAUAUCAACUAAAUAUGGUUAUGUAAGUAACAUCAUAGCCACAUAUUUUUGUCACAUAAACUACAUAUUGAUGUAUCAAACCAAUGUACUGAACCGUGAAUUGCGCAAAUUGCUCGACACACCUAUCUAAUUAAUCGUGAACCUAAUCUACAAUCAAGCAAAAAAAAAACAAAGAUCUUCAAGACACAUCGUUAAGCUAGAAGCAUAGGAGGGAGACAGGGGAAGAAGCUAACAUCGAAGUCUAAACACAUAUGACGUGCCCUUUUCAUUCUGAAAGACGAGACAUUCUGUGGCAGUAAAAUUCUGCUGUGUAUUGACAGAAUCUCGUGAAGCCCUUUUCAUUGUGAACAUGAACAUGUAAUCGUCGAGAUCAAUUAAAAAAUGAGAAAUGAAAAAUUACAUCGGAGAUAUAUCUAAGAGUAAGAUGUGUAUCUUGCGGACUAAACGUUGAAAAUCAAUUGUAAAGUGAAGCCCGUGAAAUCGAUGAAGCCCAAAGAGAAGAAUAUUAUACAAAUUCCGUUGUAACAAGGAUUAUAUCUAUAUACUAUUAUUUGAAAAGUGAAUUUGCUUAUUUGUCAUGUUUUCCAUGAUUUUAGAGUUAGUCAUUAAACAAUUUUAAUUUUAAUUUAACUAAUUAAAGUUUCAAUAUCUAAUAUGUAACAAGAAGAUAAUUCUUAUUUAUUUAUUUUAUGUUUAUCUACAUCUUUAUUUCUUAUUUAUUUAUUUUUAUAAUUAGUAUUAUAUAUACACAUAUCAUAAUUAGAUUUAUCAUUAUAGUAAAAUAUUAUAAAUAGUUUUAUACAAAAAAAAAAUUGAUUUAUAUUUGUUUGUAAACAUAAUAUGUCAUAGCAUAUUUUUAAAAAUUAUUAAAUUUAUUUUAGUAUUAAAAUACUAAAAAGAAACAUAUAAACAAUAACAAUAAAUUUGAUUUAUAUUUGUUUGUUAACGUGAUUUUCGUGAUAUUUUCAUUUUUAUUCUUAUUAUUCAGUUGCAAGAAUAACUUGUAUUUGUUAUUUAAGUUGAAAAUUUAAUAUAUUUUUUUUGUUUUUGUUUUUACUAAAUAUUUAUUGUUAUCAUCCAGUUGUAAGAAUAACUUUAAAAAAAAAGAAUAUUUUCAAAAUAUGUUUUUUAACAACAAGUACCUUAUAUUUAUGAAAAUUUAAAAUUUACUUUAUUUACUUUUAAUUUUCAAGAGUUUUAAAGAAUAAAAAAUUUGUUUAAAUUAAAUUUUUCUCAAAUAUACAUUACAUAUUAAUGUUUUGUUUGUCAACAUAGUUGGUCUGCUUGAGUGUUUAUUCAAUUAUUAUAGGAAAUAUUUCACAAUAUAAUUAUACAUAUAUCAAUAUUUUUAUUUACUUUGACUAAUAUAAUAUGUAAAACUGAGUUUGGUUUAACAUUCUUGUGCUUUUGAUUUAUUUUGAGGUUUUGUAAGUUAUGCUAAUUUUCAGAAUUUGGUUUAAUAACAUCAUUUUAUAUUAGCAAUUAUAUAUUUGUUUAUUUAAUUAUAUCAUUGUUUAUAAAUUAAUAUAAUAAAAAUUUGUUCAAGAUAACAACAUAUUUACAAGAUAUUAGUGUUGUUAUCCAAAAAUAAUGUUUUUAAAUCAAUAAAAAUUAAGAAAUUACGAAAUAGAAAGAUUCAUAAAAUAGUAUAAAUUUAAUGUUUUAUUUAAUUUUUUGAUCUUUAAAUUAAUAAUAUAUUUAUUAAAUAAUUAUGCCCGCAUGUGGGGGUAAAACUCCUAGUGAUUUAGAUAUAUAUCAUAAGAUUUAGAAAAGUUUUAUUGCUAGUUGAGAUAAGUCUAAGUCUUGUGUUACAACUUUUUUUGUAAGUCAUUAAAACACAACAUACUAAUAAUAUUCCUAUUCUCUAAUUUUACAGAUCACCGUCGCUGAAUUAAAAAGCUCAGUUACUCAUUUGAUCAAAACAAAGGAUAAGAUUGAAGAAGAUGAAGUUAUACUUCUGUCCCCAUGUGUACUCUCUACAUGUUAUAAUUGUUUAACAUGUCGCAUCAACACGGCUACACAACAACUAGCAGAUAUAAGAAGCUUAUCAAUUGUAUUCCAUGACCUAAGCUUAAUAGAGUAAAGACUUACAUCUACUCGUUUAUGCUAUGAUAGACUCAGUGUAAGUUAAACCGUGGAAUUUCCAUCACGGGCGCGGUGCUCACUUUGCAAAUAAUGUUUUAUAUUUGUAGAUGUUAUGAGAGAAUAAAUCUGAAAAAGCCUCUUUUGUAGUUUAACAGUCAAAUAAUUGUGUUUCUGUCUUCUGAUGUAUAUGUAUAAACCACACGCAAAUUAAUAUCUCGUUCUUUCACUUUCUAUCCAACUAAUUCUGUGGGAGGCCCAAAAUUUAUCUAUUAAAUACAAUUAAGUUGGUUCUGAUCAUGGCCUAAAUAUUUAAUUAAGUGAGUUCUUAUGGCCUAAGCUAGGACACGAUGUUCAUUAUUCCACCAGAUUUGAAUUGAAUUAAUUAGUCAAAUCUGAAUGUCCCCGAAGAUAUAAAUGGAAAAUGCUGAUAAAUACAUCUCCCACCAAAACUGUAGAUCUCAACGUUGGAAGAUAAGAAUCCAAAAUCAACGGUUGAGAUGAAAGUAGAAUCAGUAAACUUAGGAUGAGAUGAGGUUUGGGUCCAUGCUUAGCCAGUGACACUGAUGGAGAGCUGGCCUUUCUUCGUUUCUUUAAUCGCGAGUCUUCUUCCAAUUUGCAUUUCAUCUUCAAAUUGUUGCAAAACGCUACCGUUCUAAGAUGCCAUACCCCGGACGAUGUUUUCCUACGUGCAUAGACUUUUUCUUAUUCUGCAAAUAAUUAAAUUUAUUUGUUCAAUUUUUUUUUUCUUUUUGAAAAGGCUUUAUUUGUUCAAUUAUUGUUGUUCCCUAAUUUCUAACGACUUUUGUAAGAAUCUUUUUCAAUGUUUAAUGUUUUUUUUUUGUAUAUUCUUUUAGCUUGUACAAAACACUAAGGGGGUGUUAUUCAAUCACUGAUUUCAAAUCAGUUAUUAAUGUUUUAUAAUCUAUCAAAUUUUAAAGUUUUAAGUUGAUGGAUUCUAAAAUCUCUGCAGUAGACUUCAGAUUUUGAAUUCAUUUAUUUGUUCAUAAGAAUUCAUAAGAGAUGAUUUGAAAUCAAUUUAAAAUACAAAGAAUUUUAAAAUCCUUGAGAAUAACACUAGAUUUUAAAAGCUGGAUUUAAAUCAUUCACUGAAUAACACUAGAUUUUAAAAUAGAAUUUAGAAUCAUCAUUUGAAUAACAGUGGAUUGUAUUUAGAUUUAAACUCUAUUAAAAUACAUGAUUGAAUAACACCACCUAAUAUAUUUUGCAGUGUGAAAACUAAUUUAAACCAAAUAUAAUGCUUAUCUUAAGGAAAUAUACACUGAAGUAAUUAAUUUAUCAAAUUCAUAGGGGGAGCAUGUGACCCCUAAUCCAAUAUUGCUUUUGCCCAUGUAUAGAUAUAAUAGAUUGUGACGGGUAUAUAACCGAAUAGUUUUUUAAAAGAAAACCGAAAUAUAUAAUAUUGAAGCUUAGAGAUAUGGAUUCAAAUUCAUUAAUUAACAGAUAUAAAUCAAACCCACAUGAGUUGGACUAAGUACUACAAUAAGUUUGGAUAGUAUCGUAAACGUAAACUUUUAUUAGU